UCGCAGCAGAGUGGCAGAGUCAGGGACGAAAUCAGAUCAGUCCCUCUGUCCUCCGGAUUAUACAACGCGACCUCUGACCAUCAUGGUUCCGGUUUUAGGCUACUGGGACAUCCGUGGCUUGGCUGAAGCCAUUCGCUAUUUGCUUGCAUAUGCUGGAGUGGAGUAUCAAGAUAAACGGUACGGCUUCGGCAGUGCGCCAAACUGGACAUGUGAGGAAUGGUUGGCCGAGAAAUACAACCUAGGUCUCGAUUUCCCAAACCUGCCCUAUUACGUGGAUGACGACGUGAAACUGACGCAGAGCUUGGCGAUCCUCAAGUAUUUAGGCCGUAAGCACGGGCUUGCUCCAGAAACACCGGAAGAGCAGCGUCGGGUGGACGUCGCGGAGAUGCAGGCUUUCGACUUGAUAAUGUCAAAUCUCCGUCUGUGCUACGACCCGGCAUACAACGAUGAAAAACGCAAGGUCUUUCUGGAGGCAUUCCAAGAGAAGGCUGAUCAGUUCUCUCGAUUCCUUGACGGUCACGCCUUCAUUGCCGGGGACCGUGUCACCUACGCUGACUUCCUUCUGUACGAAGCCCUGGAAGGCAUCCGCGCCAUAGAUCCCGGUGUCCUCAAGAACCACCCAGUCUUGCAGCGUUACACAGAACGAGUGGCGGCUGGCUUCCAAGAGUACCUGCAGUCGUCGCGCUUCAAGUCGUGGCCAAUCUGGAGCCCUUUCGCUAAAGAUCUCGGGCCACAGCACGCCAGAAGGGAUUAAAACAUUAGGAAAUAGCGUUCUCUUUGUUCCGCGCCAGUUGGAGAAAAUCCUGUACGAUUCAUAGGAACCGACUGCCAAUUACCGUACAUAUAGCAUUUUACACAUCUUUCAUAUUUCUAACGUGUGGAACACGACAGCCUGACUUCGUUCAAGUGACUUAUACUUGGUCGCUUCUGUUUGUCUGUCGAAUACCACGGGGAAUCCCGGAACAGAUUCAUCUUCAAGACGUUUUCA